GACCUAGUGUCGUAAAUCAUCCGCUCUGCUUUACGGCAGAUAAUAGGCCAGUGUGGAGUGAAUUGAGUAAUGGCAGGAACAGACACGAGAUAGUCCACGAACUUUACGUUAUUCCUACAUUUAUCAGGUACCAGCAGCCGGACGGACGUCUGUGUUUGUCGUCGUUCGCUGUGAGAGGCUGAUUCCGACCCCGUUUUUCUGUCAUCAGAGUAACUGUAUGCAGUGGAAUGGCUGAAGUGCCGCCUGGGCCUAACGCACUGCCUUCAUCCCCGAGCGAGAUCACACCACUGCCCGUGGACGGGUGCACCUUACUGGGCAACGAUGAGGGACGGGACAUCAUCAUCAGCCCCGGCCCGGGACACCAGCACCCCAGCGACCAUAAAGCGAUAGUCAAAUCCAACCAGAACAACGUGCACCCCAAUGCAUCAGCCGCCCAGUUCCACACAGCCCAGCUGAACGGGGUCCAGUGCAACCACACUCACCUCCAGAACCACGUCCAACAACACCGGCCGUCCGACAAUCAAAACGCCGCUUCUGAUCACCACUUGGACGGGAUCGCUGAAACACAGGGCGAGCACACGGAAAACAACAAUUUCACGAGAAAUAAACGAUGUAGUGAUAUAUCGCAGAGCCAAUCGCCGCCGAACAACGGGAUAAACUGCACUGAUAGCAUGGCGAUAACGGAGAGCAGCUCUUGUCGACUUGAGAAUGAUGUAAGUAGCAGGACUGGUUCGGGGGAUCGGGCUCCGGCGGCUGCGGCAGCGCUGAUGGACGGGGCUGAGUCAGGCCCGGGCCCGCAGGGCGCUGGAGUAGAACAGGCGGCGGCUGACAGCGCUCCGGUGGCGGCGAUGUCGAGACUAGCGCUGGAGGAGCACGACGAGUCCAUCCGAUACGUGAGAUACGAGUCUGAGCUCCAGAUGCCCGAUAUCAUCCGACUCAUAACUAAAGACUUAUCUGAGCCCUACUCCAUAUACACCUAUAGGUACUUUAUUCACAACUGGCCUCAGCUCUGCUUUCUGGCAAUGGUUGAGAAGGACUGUGUUGGUGCCAUUGUGUGUAAGCUAGACAUGCAUAAGAAGAUGUUCCGUCGGGGAUACAUCGCCAUGCUCGCUGUGGAUUCCAAAUUUCGCAGGAAAGGCAUCGGCACCAACCUUGUGAAAAAGGCCAUUUAUGCUAUGGUGGAGGGGGAUUGUGAUGAGGUGGUGCUAGAGACGGAAAUCACCAACAAAUCAGCCCUGAAACUCUAUGAGAACCUGGGCUUUGUCAGGGACAAGCGGCUGUUUAGAUAUUAUUUAAACGGAGUGGACGCACUUCGACUCAAACUCUGGCUUCGCUAAAUCAAACUACGGGGUCCCUCAACUCUUUCUCCAUCCCUUCGGCCUCCUCUUCCUCCGCCCCGGUCCUCCGGCUCAGAUCACCUGACUUCCCAUCAAUAGAAAGACACUCGACCUCUGCUGAGCCACAAAGGGCAAACUCUGAGGGAAAAUUCAACCAAUCAUAAUAAAGUGUUUUAAGAACUUUUUGUGCGAAAGAAAGAGGUUAUUGCAAAAAAGAAAACAAAGUCGGGUACUAAUAUGACACUGACACCGUGCUCAGGUGUCAAUAGCCUGACUUUAAGACCUCCGUGUAUUUGUGUCGGGCAAUGGAGAUGGGCUGGGCCGAACGUGUUGACGGCAUCUGCGAAAAAAAAAAAAAGUAUCAUGCCGAAAGCAAACAAUACACCACACCUCUGUUUUUUUUUUACAAAACAAUCACAAACCGAAGAAUGGAAAUGUGUUUAAACCGACUCAACUACUCAAUUUUUGGUUUUACCAUUUGUUUUCUUUAAAAGAGGGUGCACGGGAGCAUUGCAGGUUGCAGUUGUGUUGUAGCCUGCUGCUUUGCGUUGUUUCUUUUUUUUUUUUUUCUUUUUUUUGUGCGCCGGGGGUCUGUGGUUUAUUUUAUGUGUUUAUUUUAUGUUUUGGAAACACUGAGCAGAGUUUGUCUGCUUUAGAAGUUUGAUCUAUGACAAACUAACACACACACACAGAUUCAGAAACACUUUAACCUGAAUGCUGCAAAGCAGUGCAGACGACACUCUGCUCUUUUAAGUUGGUCUUAUUAGCUCACAUUACGCCAUAUUGGUUUAUGUGGCUUGUGAUUCUGAUACAGAUAUCGUGAUCUCACCAAACAAGUUGUCUCGAUGCUUCUUUGUGAGUGUUUUGUACAACUACAUUGAAAAUGAAUUACUAAAUGGGCCUAAAAGGAGAGUAUUCCCUGUUUUUUGAGUACAUCAUAGUUUCUCCCUUUCCAUGUCUGAUACAGUGUUUGGAAAUUCAGAUAUGCUGACCUAUAACCUCAAACGGACGCACUUCUCAUUUUUGCACUGAUUAGAUGGGGUGUAAUUCCCUUGUCCGCCACUGCGUUAGUGGACCAGUAGGGGGCAGAAUACAGAACUCACCAGCUCAGUUGCUCCAAUGGACUCAUGCAAAUAGUUGCUUUAAAGUGAUGAAACAGAUCGAUUUAUAUGCAAGAUGACAUUGUUUAGAGGUGUUUUAAAAUUUAACGGAGGAAGUUUCCGGAGGUUAGCGUUUUUAUGGGUUUGUGUUUAACAGUAGUGUGCUGUGGCAGGUUGUACCAUCACCCACGUUGUAUGUAAGUGUUUCUGUGUCAUUGCCAAUAGACCCCCAUUUUGCUUUGCUGCUGGCUCAUGAGUUGUUCUUGGAAGAAAAACGUUUUGUUUUUCAGGUUUGGAGUGGGAAACAAGUUUUUUUUUUUUUUUUUUGAUUUUGCUAAAUGUACAUACGAAAGUUUGAUUUGUCGUUUUUGAUUGUCAUUGGAAAAGUUCCUCAAAGAGCUGCUGCUCUCAGAUGUUGAGAAGAUGGAUGGGUUGCUUUAUAAAUCUGCGCUUAAAUACACUGAUAUUGUUGAUGGAUUUAUGGGAAGAGGAAUUUAUGCUUUUUUUUUGGGUUGUUUUGUUUAGUUGCAUUUUUUUUUUUUUUUUUUUUUUUUUUUUUUUUUUUUUUUAAAGCCCGAAUUGUAGUACAUCUCCCACAAACGUAAUGUCCCAUCAAUCCCCUUUGACGCAUCAGACCGUGUGCUGUCUGUCAGUAAGGCUCAGGUGUUUGGUUUCUUUUCAAUUCUCCUUUCACUUGUCAGGGGCUCCUUUCAAGGUCCCAGUGGUUAUUAA